AAUUACAAAAAUUGAAAAAAUAACAUAUACAAAGUGCAUAAAACGUACCUAUGCUGGUUUUUUUUUUACCCGGCUUAAAAAGUCCGAUGGUUAAAAAUACUACAUAUUAAUCAUACAAGACUCCCUUAAAAGGGUUAAAGGGCUAGAGCCUAGAGCUCAACUAGAAGGGAGCCUAAACCUUAAACCCUUUUCUCUCUCUACUCUUCCCAACUUCUCUCUCUAGGGUUUAAGCCCCAACACUUUACUACUACUUCCAACUCUCAAAUUUGAAUUUUUCCCCCAAAAUUUCUUCGAAAAUCAGUUAACAAUGGCGGCUAAUUACAUGUUUUACAGAGCCACUGCAACAAAAAUCAUCACCUCUUCCCAAUUCUUUAACCCUUUAACCAAAACCCCUUCUUUUCAAACUCCAUUUUCAUGCCAAUUUCUCAGGUAUAUUCACACUUCAUUGUUUGAAAAUGUAUUUUACAGAAAUCCCAGAAAAAACUCAAGGAAUUUGUCAACAUUCCCUGAUUAUAAUAUCCAAAAUGCCGUUUUUGGGGCUGAUUCUCGCGUCCCUGCUACUAUUAUCACUGGCUUUCUUGGCUCUGGCAAGACUACUUUGCUGAAUCACAUUCUAACAGCUGAGCAUGGGAAGCGCAUCGCUGUCAUCGAAAAUGAGUUUGGGGAGGUAGACAUUGAUGGUUCUUUGGUUGCUAGUCACUCGUCUUCUAAUGAAGAUGACAUCGUUAUGGUCAAUAAUGGCUGUUUGUGUUGUACUGUACGUGGCGAUCUUGUGAAAAUGCUGCUGGAACUAGUUAAGGAGAGGCGAGACAAAUUCGAUCACAUAAUCAUUGAGACUACAGGUCUUGCAAAACCGGGUCCAGUAAUUGAGACAUUUUGCAGUGAUGAGAUGGUCUCACGUUAUGUAAAACUAGAUGGUGUUGUAACGAUGGUAGAUUCUAAACAUGCCACAAGACAUUUGAAUGAAGUUAAACCAAGAUUUGUUGUGAAUGAGUCUGUAGAACAAGUUGCUUAUGCAGACCGGAUUAUCAUAAAUAAGACUGAUUUGGUUUCCGAGGCUGACUUGGAAGUGUUGACAAAGAAAAUCAAGCAUAUAAAUGGAAUGGCACAAAUACAGCACGCAAAAUAUGGAGCUGUUGACAUCGACUUUGUUCUAGGAGUAGGUGGAUAUGAUCUUGACAGGGUUGAAUCUGCUGUCCGAUCAGAUGAUUCACAUUGUGCUAGUCAUGAACAUAAAAAGGGACAUGAGCAUCACCAGGGUCAUCAUCAUCAUGAUCAUACUCAUGAUUCUGCUGUGUCUAGUGUGAGCAUUGUUUCAGAAGGAACUAUUGAUCUUGAUGAGCUUGACGAUUGGCUCGAAAGACUGAUCGAGGAAAAGGGAGAAGACUUGUACAGAUACAAGGGAGUCUUAUCAGUCAACGGAUCUGAUGAGCGCUAUGUUCUACAGGGUGUUCACACUAUGUUAGAUGGUUGCCCGGGAAAAACAUGGACUCCGGAUGAAACGAGGAUAAACAAACUGGUUUUUAUUGGACGCGAUUUGGAUGAAACAAUGCUAAGAAAGGGAUUCAAAGGAUGUUUGGUAUGACAAAUUACCUGCUCGCUUUCAAUUGAUAGUUGCAGCUAAUUGUAUACGGUAAAUAUUGUGACAUGAGAGACAAUGAGGGAUAUACACCAACUGUAAAUUAUUUCACCGAAUAUUUUGGAGUUGUGAGGCCGGUUGUAUGGUUUGUAGGUCGAUUGAAUAGAUUUGGUCGGAGGGAAUUCAGUUCGUAUCUUAUUUCUGUGAUGAAUAUACCAUUCAAUUUCAAGUCUUGUAGUGUAUAUCAUUGACAUUUUUGUAAUCAAGUUGGCUUAAUUUAAUAAGCUUACAUAGGUACACAAAAAAUGAUACUCUGCGAGUUUGAAGGCUUCAAACGUUUCGUUCUUGGUACAUUUCACAUUUUCUU